AUGAUCCUCUCGCGGUCGGAUUACUGCAACGGUCUACUGGGUAAUGUGCGUCAGGAUCUUGUCACCAAAUUACAGCGCGUUCAGAAUGCAGCUGCACGGACCAUCACCAGAAGCAGGAAGCGGUCACACAUCACAUCAGUCCUUGUCAAGCUCCACUGGCUGCCGAUCAAAGCAAGGAUCGAAUACAAGAUCUUGUGCAUCACAUACCGCUGUAUCAAAGGCUCAGCUCCAUCCUACCUGACCAACUUGGUGAAAGAGUAUGUUCCUACUCGAUGCUUCAGAUCAGCUAACAACUCACUGCUCUCAAUUCCCACAGCCAAACUAAAAACGUUUGGACAUAGACGCUUCUCUUUCACAUCCGCCUCUCUCUGGAAUGAUCUGCCCUUCUUCAUUAAAAACUCUGGAACACUGUCUACCUUCCAGUCAAACUUGAAAACUUUUCUCUUCCGAAAAUGCCACCCCGAUGCCUAG